AGUAGGGCUAUGAAGGUUUCUGAUAAAGACGAGAUCUAUAUUUGGCAUGGGAGCACAGAAUGUGCUGAAGCGAUUAAAAAGUUGGUCUUUUCAGUGUCGAAUUCAGAUAAGAUGGGGCCUUGAGCUGACCAAGAUAACCAACACAGUGGUGGAUAUAUAACAGGUGGGGUCAGCAGGGACGUGAGGGUAAACAUGAAGCUGUAUUUUCUCGUGUCUUUCUUGGCAGUGGCAGUAUCUGCCUGGGAGGUAGAAGAUGACAAAAUAGUCGGAGGCUAUGAGUGUGUGAAGAACUCAGUGCCCUGGCAAGUUUCUCUGUACGACGGGUACAACUACUGUGGCGGGACCCUCCUCUCCAGCGAGUGGGUCCUCUCGGCAGCCCACUGCUACCAAUCGUCUCCCACCGAGGUGCGCCUGGGCGAGCACCACAUCCGGGAGCCCGAGGGCACAGAGCAGCACAUCAUGUCGGCCAAGUCCAUCCGCCACCCCGAGUACAACCCCCGCACCGUGGACAACGACGUCAUGCUGAUCAAGCUGAGUCAGCCGGCAGUCAUCAACCAGUACGUGCAGACCAUGGCCCUGCCCAGCGACUGUGCUCCCGCCGGAACCAUGUGCCGCGUCUCAGGCUGGGGCAACAUCCGCGACAGCAACCAAGGCUCGAGGUACCCUGAUAAGCUGCAGUGUCUGGAGAUCCCCAUCAUUGACGACGACACCUGCUGGAACGAUGCCUAUCCUUUCCAGGUCACCUCCAAUAUGAUGUGUGCUGGCUUCAUGGAGGGGGGCAAGGAUUCGUGCCAGGGUGAUUCAGGAGGCCCUUUGGUGUGCAAUGGUGAGGUGCAGGGUGUUGUGUCCUGGGGUAAAGGCUGCGCCAUGAGGAACAAGCCUGGUGUCUACGCCAAGGUCUGCAACUACAUCUCCUGGAUCAAGGAGACCAUGGCCUCCGGCUAAGCGCCGCAGAUGGACCUUAGAUGAGAGGACAGUGAAUGGCCAUAAAUACAAUAAAUCAAAUGAAGCCACUCAGUGUCUGAUUGACCGUGCUCUCCGCUGCUCUGCACCACACAGACAAUUAAUUGCACAUGAACACAAACCUGUCUUUUCUUUUUCUGCACUGGGCAUAAGCAGUGGUUUUGGAGUGAUGUGCUGCAUAGGUGAUUGCCCAUGUGAUAAGUAACAACGGUAGCAGAAAUAAAAUGACAGUAACAGCUAAUUUUCAUCAUACUCUAAAUGAGGGGCACCACUGAACAAUUGUAAAAGAUGUUUUGAAAAGGAAAAAAAACAGAGGUUAAAAUUUAUGUUACUUUUUUUAUGAAUCGCAAUUCAUGAUUUAUUGAGAAGAGAGGUCUAUGACGCAAAACAAUGAGAAA